UCGAAAAUCGAAUCUAGCCCAAAGCCGGAAAGAUGGCAUCCCACACAAUUCCACCGUCACCGUCCGUUUUCCCACCAAAACCCCACGGCGGCGCAAGCAUGCCUCUUUCCCUGCGGCCAUGGUGGACCUCAACUACUCGCGCCGCCUCCACGACUCUCCAAUGUCACAAGAUGUACGUCCCAGGCUUUGGGGAAGCCUCGCCGGAAGCCAAAGCAGCGAAACACCUUCACGACUUCUUCACCUACGUCGCCGUCAGAAUUGUGAUUGCGCAGCUUGAGAGCUAUAACGAAGAGGCGUAUGCAGAUAUGAUGAAAUUCAUGAAAAAUCACUCGGUCGACGACGGGGACAAGUUUUGUGCUGAUUUGAUGCGGGAAUCAUCAAAUCACAAAGCUCUACGUACAUUUUAUCCAUCGUUAAUUAAUUACUUUGCGGAUAUUAGAGGUCACUCACAAAUCUCAAACUUAAUUGAGAUUAUAGUUUUCUGUGAUUUGUCGACUGAUUAUGAUUGCGCCUGUGUUUGUAAAGGUGAUUUCGAAUGGGACAAUUUACACCGAUUGUCACAAAAGCAAAUCUGAUUGUGUGUGGGUGCAGAUGGUGGAAGAUCGCAAUACAAAAGUGAUGAGGGAUUAUUUAUCGGAGACGACAAUGAAAAGUGAGAACUAAUAAGUGAGAUCCAAUUAGAUAGAAUGUUUUUGUAUAUCUUUGUUUCUGUGUGAUGUGCAUCAAUGAAUGUGUGAACUGGGAACCAAUUAGGCUGCUGCUUAUUCAAUUCUAUUCGGAUUAUGGAAUAUAAAUUUGAUAGUUUAAAAA